GCCGGUGAAAAAGAAGAAAAAGAUCUGUUAGACAGUAUCAAUUGUUGUGGACCCGCCAUGUCCUCUUUGCUCAAAGUGGACCAGGAGCUCAAAAAGAAGGUUGAUUGUUUCCAGGAAAGAAUCACAAGUGAAGCUGAAGAUCUUGUUGCAAGUUUCUUCCCAAAGAAAUUAUUAGAACUAGAUGGAUUUCUUAAGGAACCAAUGCUUAAUGUUCAGGAUCUCACCCUGAUCCAUUCUGAAAUGAACUUGCCAGUUCCAGACCCUAUUAUCCUUACCAAUAGCCACGAUGGAUUAGAUUCACAAACUCUAAAGAAGAGGAAAUUGGAUGAUGGGGAUGAUACUUUUCCAGGCACCAAAGUCUUUGUGAUGCCCAAUGGGAUGCUCAAAAGCAACGCACAAUUGAUGGAAAUAAUAGAGAAAGUGAUGCCAGAGAUACGGCUGCUCAUUGAGAAAUGUAACACAGUAAAAAUGUGGGUUCAGCUUCUUAUCCCUAGGAUAGAGGACGGUAACAACUUUGGAGUAUCCAUCCAGGAAGAGACUGUUGCAGAGUUAAGGACAGUAGAAAGUGAGGCGGCCUCCUACCUCGACCAAAUUUCCAGAUAUUACAUCACUCGCGCAAAGCUGGUAUCCAAAAUAGCUAAAUACCCCCAUGUGGAAGAUUAUAGACGCACAGUCACAGAAAUAGAUGAAAAGGAGUAUAUCAGCUUACGUUUAAUUAUAUCAGAGUUGAGAAACCAAUAUGUCACAUUGCACGAUAUGACCCUUAAAAACAUUGAGAAGAUCAAGAGGCUCAGAAGCAGUAACACUGAAACAUUGUAUUAGUUGUGCAUUUCCUAGGUUACC